UCGAUCCCGGUCGGGUCAGAAUGGAAGCGUCAGCGGCGGAGAGCGCGAGCGCGAGAGAUUCGGGGGUGAGAGUGGAGAAGAGGAUCACCCUGAUCAACGGCGUGGCCAUUAUAGUGGGCACGGUGGUGGGUUCGGGCAUCUUUCUGACCCCAGCCGGUGUUUUAGAGUACGCGGGAUCGCCGGGGGCCUCCCUGGCGGUCUGGGCCCUGUGCGGGGCCUUCUCUGCACUAGGCGCCGUGUGUUAUGCUGAAUUGGGCACAGCUGUCCCCGAUUCGGGGGGCGACUACGCUUACGUUUUGGAAGCGUUCGGCCCCCUUCCCGCUUUCCUCAGAUUGUGGGCAGCUUUGCUGAUCGUCAGGCCCACCGCUCAGGCGGUCGUCGCUCUCACCUUCGCCACUUACGCCCUCAGGGCCCUCGACCCAGACUGUCACCCCCCUGACCAGGCUGUCCGACUGUUGGCUGCUGUAUGCCUCUGUUCACUGACCUACGUUAACUGCCGUAGCGUUCGUUGGUCUUUGGGAGUGCAAGACCUAUCUACAGGUGUCAAGUUGCUGGCCCUUUUGAUCUUAAUUCUGGCUGGUGUAGUUCGUCUCUGUCAAGGAGAGACUAAAUAUUUUGUGGAAUCUUCUGGCACAGAAUUCAGAGCCGAAAAAUUAGCUCUUGCCUUCUAUUCGGGACUGUUCGCCUUCGGAGGAUGGAACUAUCUGAAUUUCGUCACCGAGGAGCUGAAGAACCCGGAAAGAAAUCUACCAAGAGCAAUCUGUAUAGGACUGGGUAUGGUCACCGCCGUCUAUCUGUUGGCCAAUUUGGCCUAUUUUGCUGUGCUCUCUCCUACUGAAAUGCUUUCCUCUCCUGCUGUUGCUCUGACGUUUUCCAACAAAUUAUUUGGUUCUCUGGCUUGGACCAUGCCUCUUCUUGUAGCAGUCUCCACUUUAGGCUCCGUUAAUGGGUUGCUCUUCACGUCUUCCAGGUUAUUUUGCGUAGGAGCCAGAAAAGGUCAUCUUCCGACCGUGGUUGGCAUGAUCCAUCUCCAGCAUAGAACCCCCAUUCCUUCUCUGCUCUUCACGUGCGCUCUGUCAUUGGUCAUGCUGAGUUCCAGCGACGUUUUCGUUCUUAUCAACUAUUUCGGCUUCGUCCAGUGGGCCUGGGCGGGAGUAGCAGUAGCGGGAUUGUUUCUCAUCCGCAGGAAAGAAACGAUAAGAAAUUACCCUCUUCGAGUUUCCCUCUUCUUUCCCAUUAGUUUCUUAUUGGGCAUAAUACCAUUGACGGCAGUGGCCUUCUACGCCAGUCCUAUACACUCGAGCGUAGGUCUAGCCCUUACCCUCACCGGAAUUCCGGUUUACCUGUUGUUACUUCGAAAAAAUCUCACAAUUCCGAAGCUUCGACGAGCUUCCGAUUGGUCUACACGACUGCUGCAGCUCUUCUUGUGGGUGGUACCUCCCGAUAACGACGUUUCGGACUGAUUACAACACUUUACCUUUGUCCGUCUUUCGGAAGGAGUGACAGAUAUAACGUCUUCCCUCCCCUCCGAGAGUAGAAUAAAGGUGUUUGUGGCAUUUCUGUCUCUUCUGGAGUCCUUUCUGGAAGUAGGAUAGAGAUUCCGCUCGGUGAUCUCAUUUUUUUUAGCUAUACUUCGUGUAGGAAAUAAUUCGCGUAAUACGCAAACAUGGAAAAAGGACGCGUAAAAUUUCGAUUUUCGUGUUUAGAUUUCAUCAGGUUCCCUUAUUAUCCAUGUUUUUCAACUUCUAUAAACGAUAAUAUCGUGUAUAAAAUAAGCAAGAAGACUGCCAUUCGCGUUGGUAACGUGUUCAACGACGGAAAUUACACUUAAAUCCGUCAAUACGUCACACUAUUCCAUAAAUUGGUGUCUGUUCCCGCCAAUUUUUCAUACCAUUCUCUUUUUUAACACUUGAAAGUUUUCCUAAAUUUGAUGUAAACGAUUCUUUAAUAAAAUUUUACAUUAAA